GCAGCGCCUCCGCUUCUCGCCGGACUGGCCACCUGCACCAUCAGCAUCAGCAUCAGCACCUGCAGCUGCCAAAGCCAUCUUCUCACACGCAACAACAAGAGAUUCACUCAUUCCCUUGAUUGACAAACAAGUGCGGUCAUCAUGUCUCACUCAAAGGUCCGCUAACCUACCCACUCACAGAUGCACACACACACACACACAGGCACAUCCAUCCAUCCAUCCACAACUGGACCAUGCCCCUCACCCCCUCCCUGUCGGUCGACACGCUCAGCCGACAUUCGCCGGUCUCCGCGUCAUCUGGAUGACCAUGCCGGCCCUGACGCCCUUCUCCCCCACCGUCACGCCAGGCUGUGUCUUGUGCGGCAGCUCAUGGCCCGUCAUCAGGAACCGCAGCAGGUCCGUCGAGGGCGCCACGCCGCCCUCACUCUCACCCAGCUUGUUUGCGAAAGCUUGCGCGAAGUCGCCCAGUGUGGUGUCGACCGUCAGCUGGAUCUCCAUGGUGGAUCCCGAGCCCACCAUCUGGACCUUGACGGUGAAGGAGCCGUCCUCGUGCUGCGAAUGGUCGGUGUCGUCUUGUGUGGUGGGGUGGGCGGCGAUGUAGCCCUCGGGGUCGGCCAGGAAGGCGUGGAUCUUCUCCUUGAGAUCAGGCACUGACAAACAGACAGACAGACAGACAGACAGGAACGGACACGUGUGUGGUUGCGGGGUGUGUCUGUGUCUGUGUCUGUCCGUGUGUGUGUGUGUGUGUGUGUUGUGCUGACCUUCCUCUACGUCGUUCUUGGCAUCGAACAGCAUGCUGCCGCCCUUCUUGUAGGGGUCCUCGGCCUUCCCGUCAGGCCGCGUGAUCUUGUCCAGUGUCGUGCUGACACACAAGCCCAAGCCCAAGCAUGUGUGUGACAUACAUGUCAUGACACACGAGUGUGUCUGUCUGUGUGGGGUGGUCUGUGUGCCUUACUAGUCGACGACGGUGCCGGUCGGCAGCCGUCGAGGCUCCUUCAUGAUCUCACCCGUCAGCGAAUCGAUGAACUGAUUGAUGAUACACACAGGCCAGCAGCAACCACAAUCAUGAGGCAGGCCUCUUGGGUGUCUGUCACGCUGUGACAAUGUCGUGUACUGACCUCUGGCGGGGCCAUCUCGGUGAGCCGCAUUUCCUCACUGGCGCGCUCCUUGGUCUCGCGCAAGGUCGCGCCAAUCCUCGCUACCUGCAUAAUGGUCGAAUAAACAGCGAUGUCAUGACACAGGGGAGGGAGGAGUGGGCGCGGUCGGCCUCGCUGGCUGACCAUGCUGGCGAAUUUGUUCCAUGUUGCCCGAUCUAGCAACGACUCACGGUACAGGAUGUUUCCUACACGCAAGGAGGGGAAGGGGAGAAUGGGUGGACAGUGAGAGUGGAAUGAAAGAGCACUGAUUGCGUCGCCCCCAGCUGUUCUGUUCUGUGCGGCGUACUUGCUUUGUGGAAGGUGUCAAUGCGGAAGUUGCGAUCGUCCAUCUGCACCUGCACACACCACACACCACACCAUCUGCCUUGCCGCAUCUCCCUCCUCUUUAUCUCACCCUCUCGAGGAACUUGUCGGCCGACAUGGGCGUCUUGUGCGUCGAUGUGGCGGCCGCACCGGCGUCGAACUGGCCGUGACUGAAGAGGUCCGCAUACAUCUGCCCAACCCAGCCGAGCAUCUCACGAAUGUUGAGGCCAUAGCGCUCGGGGUGCGAACACUGUGCUCACACACACACACACACACAGACAGGUACGGUAUCCGAUGUGCGCAUGUGGGGCACUGCGUGUUGACCUUGAGGUUGAGAGCCUGCGGCCCGACGAGUCGUGUGAUGAUCAUGUUGAGCACCCGCACCACCUCGUCGAAGAGGGCCACGCUCUCCGUCAUGAGCACCGACACGUGGCGGCCGUAUUGACGCACCACGAAGUGCAACGUCUCUAACAACUUGACGCCCGUCUGGUGUGCACACACCACACCACACGAGACACACUAUGGCAUAUGCCGCCCCCGUGUGUGCGUGUGUGUGUGUGUGUGGAUGUGUUGCGAACCGGCAGCUGGUAGAGUCCGUUUCGAUGCUCUGGCGAGAGUUGCUGUAUGGCUUGCUGCGGAUUGACGCCGCCGUCCUGCAGCCUGCAGAACACGCAACCCAACACCACACACACACACACACACACAGACACACAUAUAAGAUUUCGCCCCCCGUCGGUGCUCAUUCUGUCUGCCCCGUUGUCAUGCCACUGACCUCUUCAACUCGGCUAUGGCGUCCAGGCCCUCCUCGACGUAGCUGAUGGCGUCCUGGCAUAUGCUGCGGACGAACGCCGCCAUCUUCAUCGGCAUCGCGUCAAACGACCUGGUCACCACGUCGCGGAAGAUCUUGAUCUCCUUGACAAUCUGCCAAACCACACACACACAGAGCAACAGAAUGCAGCCACUCACUCUGUCGGCCGCUUCCUCCCUCCGUCCCGUGCUCACCCGAACGAACAGCCGAGCGCCAUCCGAUUUGGCCUCGACGUUGCCCACCUACACGAAUGCAUAUCGACACGUCAUUCAUCGGCCAAUCUCACGCACACAAGCUGUCCCCCCUCUCUGACAACACGAAGUACAAGAGUUGCUGACCCACACAUUUUCCCAAAUGAUGCCCUCCCGCUGCUGGAAGGUGAAGUAGGUGAUGAUGGCCGGGAUGAGGUGCGCGUUGGCCAGCACGCUGUCGCCCAGCUGGCGCGUCCAGUGUGGGUCACUCGAGAACAGCAUCGACUCCAGAAGCCCCUAUAUAUGUCGAAACCAAAAUGGCAGGUGGGGUGCCAUGGGGUGGAUGUGCCCUUUUGUGGCUUACGAAUGCCUUCUUGAGGACAUCCACCCGUCUGAAGUAGCUGGGGGCGCCGACGAUCAGCAGCACGAACGCGAUGACGAGCUGCGGGUCCAGCACGCUGCGGUCGGCCGCCGUGUGAGAGUGGAAGACGAAGUCCACGCCCACGAGUGUGUCCAUCACCAGCCACUCUGGCAAGAGCAUCAGCUCCACCGGCCCGCGGCUCUCCUCACCGUUGUCCAGACACUCCACGGCGACGACCCCCUCCGACAGCUUGUCUUCGUCGAGAGUCGCCAGGUCAGCCUGCUCCUCGUCCAUCAGCCACUUCAGCAAGCUGUCGUACUUGGGAGGGCAGGGGGGGAUGGGCGUGUCGGGCGAGCGGAGCAGCCUGAAGGGGUCCGGUGGGGAGCUGGGAUGGGGCCGUGGUGACGUGGGUGACAGUGUGGGCGACGUUGGUGCCUCGCUGCUGCUGCCCUCGGUGGUCUGUUGGUGGAUGUAGUAGUGCAGCGAUGGGACGAAGUGCGCUCGGUAGGCCUGCUGCACGAUGAACGCCUGCAACGGGGAAGAAGCGGAAGACAUCAGUCCCAUCGAUGGACACCUGCCUGUGCAUUGGAUUGGCCGGCCUACCAUGGCCACAUUGAGCCAUCUGGCCGUCUCGCUGAGGAACACCGUGUCCCGCAGCACCGCACUGUAGGCCAGAUUCAGCGACUUGAGGGGCUCCACACACGACCGCUCCACGUCCACCCGCUCUCCAGCCGUGGCCGAGGCAUGUCUCCCCCGGCCGCCCGCCACAGACUGCAGCAGGCUGCUCACUGACGCAAUGUGGCCCUGCUGCCGCAUGGCGGGGAUGAAGGCCAGCGAGAAGGUCUUUGCCGUGAGCCAGAAGAGCUCCGUGAUGGGGGCGGGCGGGGGCGCGUCGGCGUGGGUGCGGCGGAGGCGCUCGUCUGUGAGGGUGAGAAGGGUCUGUGCUGCCUGUGUGGAGAUGCGGUCGAGCCGGAGACGGGUGACGCGCUCGUUGCCGGUGGGGUGCUGUCGGACAGGCAGAGGGAAAAGGCACACUCCACUUCACUUUAUCGGGCCUCAUGCACUCGAGGGACAUCUCACCCUGAUCGUGUCGGACAGACGCUUCACAUCACCGCUCGCAUACCACCUGAGAGACCAAUCCAGCCAGCCAUCCAUCCAUCAGUGUCGUUUGUGUGUGUGUGUGUGUGUGAUCUCUGUCUGCUAAAGCAACGACCUACCCGAGUCGGUUGUUGUGGAUGAUUGUGUAGAGUGGGUCGACCUUGGACACCAGCCCAGCGACCCCCGUCUGCCCCCUGUUGACCUCGUCCUGCACCAGCCGCAUGAAACUCCACUGCACGUUCAGCAGGCAGCCGGUGGUCGCAGGCAUGGUCACCGCCAACACGUCACGAGGCACCGGCGUGGACUCGCCUGCACACACACACACACACACACACACGUGUGGAUGUCCCGCUCUCCAUCUGUUUGGGUGUCAAUGGCUCACGUCUCCAUCUGUCCGACACAGCGAAUUCUGAGGCAUAUUGAGAUGCGGCAAGUAUGCCCUGCAGCCAGUCGAGGAGCAUGGCCUGAGGCGACCCGAACUGGGGGGAGGGUGAUGCCGGCGCCGACGAGUGCCACAUGGGUCUCAGGAAGGUGGAGUGGUUGAGGUCCGCCAUCUCGGCCAGACGGUUGGACACGAACUGCAUGUCGUCGCUGCAGCAACAGUAGGCAAUCGUUGAGAACCGCACUCAUUUGUGUGUGUGUAAAAACCGACCGGAGCCUGGGGCUGUGUGGGUCGAGAUACCGCCGUGCAGCCAUGCUUUGGUCGUGCACUGCGGCAAUCAGACUGACGACUCACCUCAAACAGCAGCACACAAGUGAGUGAGUGAGCGAUGGAAUGAAUGCACCAGUGGCCAGACAUAGUACAUACAAGCGGCUUACGGUCUCAGUGUCGGCACCCGUGCCAUGAGCCACUCCUCUCGGUGCUCUGCCCCAAUGCGGCCAAUGUCGUGCAGAAUCGCAGACAGGAACUCGUCGAGUCGGUGGGCCACCUGGGGGAUGGCGUCGAUCGUGCUGGUGGCGAACAAGGCGCCUGACACACAAGCAAGCGGGCGACAGACAGGGCUGUUGUUGUUCUGUGCGCACCGAAUGUGACGAUAGAUGUCUUCCUUCCUGUCUCGCCACAUCACACAUACCAAGUAUGCUCCCAUAUUGGUAGUCGCGCACAGGGCGGCCCUGACGAGGUACUGUCUUGAUGUCGGAUAUGAAGGAGCUCGCCGCGUGCGGCCCCGCAAUCCGAAACACACGCUGCACACAGAGAGAGAAUGACACAUAACAGGCCCGGCCCGCCCGGGGUGUGGGUCCCUGGCGUACCUGGAACUGGUGGUAAUUGCCGCACUCCCCGGGGAGGCCCCACACGGGAUCGCUCGUCGGCCCCAGCUCCAGACGCUGCUUCGACUGGUCACUCUAAAGACACACAGAGAGAUCAACAGCAGCGCCAUUUCCCCCACCGCCCGCAAUACCUCGUCAUCACACUCACCGUGUAUGUCACGAACUUCUCCGAGAGUGUCUGAAGGAUGACGGCCAGCACCCAGCUGCGGUUGAUGGCUAUGUCGUCGGGGGAUGACCCGGUGAGCAUCGUGGGCGGCUCUCCGGCAGGCAGCCGGCUGAUGAGUGCACUGAACGUCACCGUGUCGAUCUCGCCCGACCGCAGGCAAUCGAGCAGGACGUCCGACGCCUGCACACAGACAGACAGACACCACACAGAUAAGGCCACACGUACUGCGGAGUGGAUGAGGUGGUGGCGUUGAUACCUCUUGUAUGGAGGCCGCUCGUGUGAUGACCUCCGCGGCCGUGCCGAGCAGCAGCUCCUUCCACUCGCGCAGCUUGACCUUCAGACGCGCAGACACACCCCGCACCCUGCACAAGUAACAGCAGUUGGGUGCAUUGCAUGCUGCGCGGAGCGCUGCGUGAGUGAGUGGCGUGUUUACUGGUUCAGCUCUCGCUCCACGGCCCGCAGGAUCUUCACCCACGACAACAACUGAUUCGUCAGACUCUACACGGCACGGCAAGAAGGAAAGGGGCACCACACACACAGAGGGCCUUCCACGCCACGUGGUGUCGAGAUGACCAUGCGUCAGUCACAGAAGUACCUUAGAACUGAGAUGCGUCUUCAUCUCAUCGAUGGCCCCCUGGUCCAGCUUCCGCAUCUCACCGCCAGAUGUCGCCGCGAUCCCCAGCGUGCGGUACAUGACCUUCUGCACCAUAGCGUCCUCCUCCCUCGCACGAUCGGCCUCAUCCGUCGACGCCGUCGAGCUCGACCGCAACUCCCGCGACGGCUGCUGCUGCUGCUGCUGCUGGCUGGUGUCUUGUUCACGCUUGGUGUCGGCUCGGUCCUGCUCGAGUGCCGCCAAGCGGCGGUCUCGCACCUCCUCGUGCGACGGCGGGCGAGCUUUGGGAGUCGCCUUGGGGCGAGCGGCACUGGCGGCGCUGCUAGGCUGCUCCUUGGCCGGUGCUGGUGUGGCCUCCUGCUGCUGGGCGGCGGCCUGUUUGCUGCGGCUUUCGAGACUGUCGAGGCGUCGCUGGCGGAUCUCCUGGGCGGAGAGACCGCUCUGAGUGGGCUGGGGUGCCUGACGGGAGGCGUGGGGCUGGGCUGGUUGGUCAGUCGCCUCCCGGUCUUGGGUGGGCUGCGGUGCCGUGCCACCAUGAUGUGGGUCGAGUAGCCGCAGUCGCUUGGCACGCACCUCCUCGGGAUCUGCACAGACGCACACACGGUACGGUCCAUAGCAGACAGACAGACGGACAGACAGACCCGCACACCGUGACACAACAGUGUGGCGGAUGGUGCACCUUCCCGUGUGGUGGCAUGCUGACCUGGUUGUUGGCUCUUCUUGGCGGCAUCUUCGCCGCGGUUGCCAAACAGCCAACUCCACAUCAAAAAUGCGACACAAACGGCAACAAGGACUGAGCGGAUGAAUCGAGCACACACCAAGCACAGAACCGCACGACGCUGCAGUGCUUUCCAUGAUGCGUGUGUCUGGUUCGUUGCUUACACAGCACAGGGAGGUAUGCGAACGACGAGAACGCUCCUGGGAACGCGCCUUCCUCCCCUACAGGCGACUCGCUGUGGCUGUCAACGCUGAGAUUUGAUUUCCAAUACUCAUCCACAAUAGCUUCCUGACCCAUAAUCGUGGGGUGUUGGCUUAUGCGUUUGGGCUUC